AUGGCCAUGGCAGCCGUGGGCGAUCAGCCCUUCGCCGACGGUUGCUCGGGUGAGCAAGUGCGCUCCGAGCCAUUCGACUAUAAUAACCCUAAUCUGCUCAUUACCACUCCCGGAGCUGACGGGAUUGGAUUCUGGCACUCAGGCCGGCAGGGCCAAGGAGCCCAGCAGCUCCCGGAGGCCUUGAGAGAGUCAUCUCCCCCGCCCCCCGUCUGUGUACCGGACCCCUCCUCCUUCCGGGCUGGCGCGGACGCGUCCUCUCAGGUCCGCGGUAAUUUGUCUGCUCACGCGGGCUCCGCGGCACCCCCUCCGCGCACGCGCAUCCCCGCCCCGGGCCGGAUACUCGGGGCGCUCUGGCUUGGAGAAACACCGGACUGGUGGACCCAGGCUCAGCGCUGCCAAAAAUUCCACUCCUGGUUUUUGCACACACCAGCCCGUCUGCCCCGGACCGCCGCGGUGUUGAGUUCGGAGCUGACGCCCUCGAGCCGCCAGCAAGCGGAAAACCCGGAGUGGAUCUCUACGCCUUUUGGAUCGGAGCCAAAGGGCACUUCGGAGGAGGUGGCCGGCUCUGCGGCCCUGCCCGCAGCCCAAGGACAACGUGUGUGGCGGAGCGAGGAGCCGCUGCCCCUGUGGGAGCCGGGCAGUGCCCUCAGAGACACCCGCGGCUCCCCAGCACCGGUGCCCCGGGGGUGCCAGCUCUGGCGGACCCCAGGCCUAGUCGAUAUUGAGGACGACCCACUGGGCGCCAGACUUGCCCUCACUCAGCACUUGGAUAUGAGGGUCACCUACCCUGGCAUCUUCCUCCAAGAUGCCACCAGCUUCCAGCACAUGGCCCAUGGCAGGAGCGUUCUCUUGCUCAGCUCACCUUCUCAGAAGCCAGCAAAGGGUCUGGAGUCCAGUGCCAUCCCUGGUGUGCUGGCAGCCCCCAACUCUUCCCUCACCCCCUCCUUGAAUGCGCCUCUCUGGCUGCAGUUGGGACCUGUCUUGCCCACCCUAGUUGCAGCUGCAGGACCCACCAGUGCCUGUGGUUGGCUGGCAUCUUUGGGCCGUGGGAGCCAGGCUGUGCCUGAGUCUGCUUCCUUCCUGGAGAAGAGAGCUUUGAUCAGGACUGACUUGCUGGCGGCCAUGACUUAUCUUUGUCUGCUGUUGUUGCCCUUUGCCCAGAAGGGAACAGGACCCACCAAAUCCCUGCCUCCCUUCUUCCAGUUCUGUGGAGCUCUUUGCUCCUCCACCAGCAUCCCCUGCCCUGACAGGACCCUGACCCAGGCAGUUUCUGUGGCUGGAGCUGCUACCCAGUACCUCCACAACCCCCCUGCCUUCUGGUCUGACCUGUACCUGUCCUCCCCAGGGGCGCCCUCGCGCGACGUCCUGCUGGUCUCUGCCAUCAUCACCGUCAGCCUUAGCGUCACUGUCGUCCUCUGCGGCCUCUGCCACUGGUGUCAGCGCAAACUGGGCAAACGCUACAAGAAUUCCUUGGAGACGGUGGGCACGCCAGACUCAGGGCGUGGGCGCAGUGAGAAGAAGGCUAUCAAUGGCACCCUCCUGUCGGGCGCCAAAGUGGCCGCCGCGGCGGGGCUGGCGGUGGAGCGGGAAGGCCGGCUGGGGGAGAAGCCGGCGCCGGUGCCACCACCCGGAGAGGACGCCUUGAGAAGCGGCGGGGCUGCCCCCAGCGAGCCGGGCAGCAGUGGCAAGGCCGGGAGAGGCCGCUGGCGGACGGUGCAGAGCCACCUGGCCGCAGGGAAGCUCAACUUGUCCAAUUUCGAGGACUCCACCCUGUCCACGGCCACUACCCUUGAGUCUAUCCCCAGCUCCACGGGAGAGCCGAAAUGCCAGCGACCCCGCACCCUGAUGCGGCAGCAGAGCCUGCAGCAGCCGCUGAGCCAGCACCAGCGGGGCCGGCAGCCCAGCCAGCCCACCACCAGCCAGAGCCUGGGCCAGCUGCAGGCCCACAUGGCCUCGGCGCCGGGCCCCAACCCCCGGGCCUAUGGCCGGGGCCAGGCUCGGCAGGGCACCUCGGCCGGCUCCAAGUACCGGGCGGCGGGGGGCCGCAGCCGCUCCAACCCGGGCAGCUGGGACCACGUGGUGGGGCAGAUUCGAAACCGAGGCUUGGACAUGAAAUCCUUCCUGGAAGGCCGGAUGGUGGUGCUAUCCUUGGUCUUAGGGCUUUCGGAACAGGAUGACUUUGCCAAUAUCCCUGACCUGCAAAACCCAGGAACCCAGCAGAACCAGAACGCUCAGGGGGACAAGAGGUUGCCUGCAGGAGGGAAGGCGGUGAACACAGCCCCGGUGCCAGGCCAGACACCCCACGAUGAGUCCGACCGCCGGACCGAGCCACGCUCCUCUGUCUCAGACCUCGUCAACUCCCUCACCAGCGAGAUGCUCAUGCUCUCCCCAGGCUCCGAGGAGGAUGAGGCCCACGAGGGCUGCAGCCGAGAGAACCUGGGCCGGAUCCAGUUCAGCGUCGGCUACAACUUCCAGGAGUCCACGCUCACCGUGAAGAUCAUGAAGGCCCAAGAGCUGCCGGCCAAGGACUUCAGCGGCACCAGUGACCCCUUCGUCAAGAUCUACCUGCUGCCUGACAAGAAGCACAAGCUGGAGACCAAGGUGAAGCGGAAGAACCUGAACCCCCACUGGAACGAGACCUUCCUCUUUGAAGGUUUUCCCUAUGAGAAGGUGGUGCAGAGGAUCCUCUACCUCCAAGUGCUGGACUACGACCGCUUCAGCCGCAACGACCCCAUCGGGGAGGUGUCCAUCCCCCUUAACAAGGUGGACCUGACCCAGAUGCAGACCUUCUGGAAGGAUCUGAAGCCAUGCAGCGAUGGGAGUGGGAGCCGAGGGGAGCUGCUCUUGUCUCUCUGCUACAACCCCUCUGCCAACUCCAUCAUCGUGAACAUCAUCAAAGCCCGGAACCUCAAAGCCAUGGACAUCGGGGGCACAUCAGACCCCUACGUGAAGGUGUGGCUGAUGUACAAGGACAAGCGGGUGGAGAAGAAGAAGACGGUGACGAUGAAGAGGAACCUGAACCCCAUCUUCAAUGAGUCCUUCGCCUUCGAUAUCCCCACGGAGAAGCUGAGGGAGACGACCAUCAUUAUCACCGUCAUGGACAAGGACAGGCUCAGCCGCAAUGACGUCAUCGGCAAGAUCUACCUGUCCUGGAAGAGCGGGCCAGGGGAGGUGAAGCACUGGAAGGACAUGAUUGCCCGUCCCCGGCAGCCCGUGGCCCAGUGGCACCAGCUGAAGGCCUGAGUGGGGCCAAGGGAGGCCCAGGGGGCCGAGGGCCCGGGUCCCCAUCAUGCCCUCACCACUUUAUGCACAACGCCCGGCCUGAGCCCCCUGCCAUAGGGAGGGGAGGACCCUGAGGGCUCAGCCAGGGAGGGGUCCCAGGACUCAACUGGGCCCCGUGUCUAGGAAGUACCAGCCCCGUCCCCCACGGUCCAGCUUGGGGGAAGGGGCUCUGGGAGGCAUUUUCCUGCUUUGCCCCUUUUCUUCCUGACUUACUAAUACUAAAGAAGUUGGGGGACCUCGAGAGCCAGACGGCCAGACAGGCAGACCCCUCCAGAGGCCCGCCAGGUGGGCAUGGUCCCCCGUUUUCUUUAAGGCAGCACCUGGAGUGGAGAGAGGCCACUCCCUGUCCAGCCCCCGAGGUGGACCCAGGGGAGGGGAGGCUGAGGCGUUUGGCCCCAGUCUGGCCAGGAGAGGCCCGUCCCCAGGGCAGUUUCAGGUGCCGGCUGGGCCCUGAAUGCCGAAGACAGUAUCUAGCCCGCUCCUGGGUCCUGGAGCCGCGGCCCUUUGUACUUGUGUUGUGUCCAUUGUGUGUGUGCGUGGGGACAGAGGCCUGGAAGUGCGGAGGACUAUGCGGAGAAAGCAGGUUUCGUGAAUGCCAGGCAGGGUUGGAGGCCAGGAGUGUGAGAGGAGAGGCCCGUAGGGCUGAGUGGGGUAGGGUGAGGCAGCGGUCAGGAACAGAAGAGCGGCAGAUGCUGGAGCUGGGCUGAGAGCCGGGCUGCCUCCUGCCAUCCCCCCAUCUCCUCCCCUUCUCCCCUUGGUGCCCCCUUCUGCUCAGAAUCUGAAAUAGCUCCUUUUUCAGCAAUUCCAUCUCUUGAUGGAAGAGAUCAUCACACCUUUUAGGCACCUACUGUGUGCAUAGCAUUCCACCAGGACUCAUCUCCCUUCCUUCUCAAGGGGUCCUGAGCCCUGACUAGCUUUGCCCUAACUCCUUCAUCAAAAGACCCCCCGCCAGCUUCCCACACCUCAUACGCAGCCACAUCUGCCCUAUUCUCCAUGCUUUCCAGCUUCCCUGCCCUUCCUCGUCUCUCCCUGCCUGUGCAGACCCCCACCCUUCUUUCCUCACCUCUCCAUCCCCCGAUGCUUGUAGGCCUUCCAUUCAUUCCCUCUCAUCGUGCGUGGUCUCUGAUCUUCCAUUACCUGAUCUUCUCCAGGACUGUCUUCCCACCCUCCCCACUCCCUGGUCCCCGGGAGCAGCUCCUUCUGCCUGGCUCACUCACAGUGCAGGGAAAGGAGGCAGGGAGAAGACGAAGGUUCUGAGAGUUCUGAGGUUGCCACACACAAAGAAGCCGUGGUUUCUCUGCCUCAGCCACUGAUGAGACUAGAACUGGCUUCCCCCUGGAGAUGGCAGAUUUCAGGCUGAUCCUUGCUUAAGCCCUCUCAUCCCCACGCUGGUCCUGGUAUUGAUAAAAGACCCAGCUGGUGACAAAGCCUCCAAACCUGGGGGUCCAUGAGCCUGGGCCUGACAUUCCAAGAACCACCGCCAGGUGGCGCCAAGCCCCCACAGUCUGUGGCUUGGUCAGCCCACAGUUCCACCCUGGAUGGGCCUGUGACACCCCAAAGAGAAGAAGGGGACUCUGGAUAGGGUCCCCACAUCCAGGGCGUGGGGAGAGCAUAGGCAUUUGGGAACCAUUUUCCUUCGGUCGGCUUCCCCUUGAGCUGAGCAUUCUGCUUGCUGCAGUGUAGACGGGUCGCCUUUUGCCCAUAGCGAAAUUUUCUUAAAUUGAAUCUCACACCCCCACCAUUUCCUCUCCCUGGGAUCUGGAAGAACAUCAUACAUAGUAGGUGAAUCGUUUUGUAGAGUGAAGAAUGCUAAUGUAAAGCAAAUAGUCACCCACGUUCCUUGUAAAUCCAAAUGUUUCUAUAUUGUAGCUUUGCUUAAAAUGGGGUCGGCCCCAACUGCACCCUCCUCUUUGGCGGGCUGGGGAGCGGCGCCCAGCAGGGACGGGAGGGCAGCGACCCCGAGGCCACGUGGAUGUGGGAGAGGGCGUGGUGGGAAGUUUUGAGUGGAGGAGGGGAUCUGCUCUUCUCCACCCCUCCCUUGGAUCCGCCUCGGUUUCCUGUCCCCCCACCACCACCCGCCUGCCCCGCGGAAGACUGCCCAGUGAGCGAGCCCCCGCCUCCCAGGCCCCUUCGCCUGCUAGGGAGCCCCCUGGGAAUCCAACCAACUUGUAUCGAGUGGGCGGGGCAAUGGCUCCACCUUUUCCCGAGCCCCGCCCAUGGAGCUCUUAGCCAAUCCUAUGCAGAGAGCAUCUCCUGGCAGGGGUCUUUUCCCAACCAGACCCCAUCCAGGCACAUUGGCUACCAGGCUUGGGCUUCCCCAGCACCCCCACGUGCAGGUGGAGCUCUGGGAUGCUAUGUCGGGGCGGCAAGCGGUGGGCCAAGGGCUGAGUAGGCUAGCACGGGAGGCAAGGGUGGUAUGGGAUGGGGCAGGGGUGGUCUAGGGUGAUAGGAGAGCAGGGAAUGGGGGAACUUGAGGGUGGGGGGAGGGCACUUGGAGCCCUGUCACCAUCCCAGGACUUUGGGCAAGUCACCCGCACUCCCUGGGCCUCAGUUUCCCCAUCUGUAAUAUGAUGGUAAUAAUACUUCACCUACCUCACAGGGGAGGUUGUGAGGCCACCAUCACCUGACCUGAGGGUCAAGGCAGGAGGACUCAAGAGAGAAGGUGCUACCCGUGAGCAAAGUGUAAUUAGCGAAUCCUGACAGCAAGGCCCACCUGCCCCUCCCCCACAGAGCCUCCAGAGCUAGCCGAGGCCAACCCAGGCCCAUCUGUCUCUUCACUGUGUUGCAGGCCCCUUCAUAGGCCUCAUCUGCCAUCUUUGUGGGUGCCCUAGACUUAGUCCUUAUCUUGUCCUGGUUUCCUUUCUUGUGGCCAUCUCCCCACGAAACUGCUGUAUAAAUUCCACCUGCCCCAGGACCCCCACACCUGCCCUCCGGCACCAGAUGCCAGGGAAGGGACAGAGGAAAACAGCCACAAACAAGCCAGGGGCCUCACCUGAGUCCCCCAGGGGUGGGGAUCGGUGGCCACUGUUUGUAUGUCCUUGAGCGCAAAUGUUUUAUAAAAAAUAAAACAAAAACCCACCAUCACCAAAAAAAAAAAAAUUUUGCAGCGAAGAGAAAUGAAGAAAAACUGAAGAAAAAAAAAAAAAAAAAACAGGAAAAAAGAACCAUACAAAAUUUUUCCACCACACAUACCCUCUAAGCCAGCAAGAUUUCCUCUUUGCAAAAUCAUAUUUUUGUGGGAAUGGGUCCUGCUUUUUGUGGCAAGGCCUGUUCUGAUUAAUAAAGGAUCGUGAAAAAGUA